CACCACAACACCACCUCCAAAGCUGCUUUUCUCUACAAAUACAACAGAUUCUUCUUUCUCUAGGGAAGCAUUGAUGAUUAACCUUUAUAUGCUUUCUUUUAUCCAAUUGCACAAUUUCAUCCACGCUCAAGCUACGUCAGGAUUCAGUGCCAGUUGUUAACUGGCAACUAAUCGAAGUCUACAACUCUCGAGCCCCUAAUCACAGCCUGUAGCAACAUCAACGGCGCUGAUUAACCCUCAACCGAUCACCGAGUUCCUACCUACUUAAACAUCAACCUCAGACAUUCAUUGUCUUUCUGUUCCCCCUGAACAACAACCUUUGCUCAACCGUCUAUCACCUACAACCUCACAACACUCACCAUCGCUGACCGCUCAGACAUUUCUUGGACAGCUAGACUUUAGACUGCUCGACACUUUCAACACUUGUUCCACACCUUUGCUUCUUUUCUUACUUUUUUCAAGAUGACCGGAAAACCAGUUUACAAACCUGACGAGAUACGCUUUGCUUUAAGCCUUAUGGAGAAAGACUUCUACAACGAUGCAAUAUCCAACGCUUUUCGGGAACGAUUCAAUCGAGCACUUACAGACAACCAGAUUCGAUAUUUGAGGAACAAAUAUGGCAAGGAUCCUGACUAUGGAGCUCCCCUUUGCAACAAGCAAUCCAGGAAACGAAAGGAACGUCAACCUGACUCUGGAGCUGGUUCUUCCGCUUCGCCGGGCUCAGAGUACGUUUCGAAUACCGCCCCGAUGUCCCUUUCCACGUAUCUCUCUAACCUAAAAAACAGAGGAUCACCGACUGAAACCAAGAGAGCUCACCAAGGGUCUUUCAAAGCCUCAGCAGGACCUUCUCAACACCCCCAAUACCAGUUUGGAUCCCUUCCAACGCAAUCACCAGUUAAAUUCGAAGACAUGAAGUCUCCCAGCCUGUCUUCCGCCCCCUUGUUCCACGAAGCACCAAUGGCUCAGAUGGGAAAUCUUCGUUCACCACCUACAAACUCCUAUAGCCUCUUUUCAGGAGCACCAGCUCAGGGAGGCUUCGGGGUUAUACCUCCAGCUAACCCCUGGCAGACGCAAGCUAGGGCAAACUUCAACACCAACUUUUCCCCGAUUAACACUCGUUUUGGUCAACAACAGAUCAAGUCACCAGAACAGGGAAGCCCUGGGGGCUGUAAUGCCGCACUAUACCAGACACCUCAUCAGUCACCUAACGUCCAGCCUUCAUAUGCCUCUUAUCCGAGACAGCAGCCAACAGCUAGCUCUCACGCACCAGUCUCAUCUUCGCAGCAGACCGUGGUCGUAGGGGGCGGAGCCUAGGAGCCCCCCGUUACCCAACACUCACCGUCCUUUAAGUUGGAUAUGCCCCUCUCCAACUUUUCUCAGCUUUCCGACUUUGUGUAUCCCCAGCAGGUAUCACCCACUGAAGAGCAUAAGCAGGAGCAGGAUCAGGAGCCUGAGAUGGCCGGGCGAGAUGACGUCGCCCCGGUGUACUGUGAGGAGUACUUCGAACCAGCUCAGCAAGCGGUUGAACAAAGCGAACCGCAACCCACCCAAGAUCAGGAUGAGGAAACUCCAGAGCAGAAAAUCCCACAAGAUCGCAAGCAAUCUGCUGCUUCGGGCACUUCUGGCGACAGCAAUGAGCACCAAGUUGCCAAAUCAGGUUCCUCACACGACUCCAAGAACUAAAGUGGCGACGAUGGGGAUCAAUGUGAACACGAUCGAUCCCAAGGUGCUCAAUGCCACCUGAGAUCUGAAGUUGCUCAUCACCAAGUCGUGCUCCUGAGGUGGUAGCUGAAUUGUCCCACAUUGUGUACUAUACUUGACAUAACCCAGUCCCUGUGGACUGGCGAUCUUUCAAAUACCCUAUUCCUUCUCCGUGAUAGAUCCGGGCCUCUUUGCCGCUCCUGAAGGCAGUGAUUCGUCUUCCUUUGUUUGACCUAUCCACAGACAGGAUUACACGUUUGGCGAAAAACACCAGCUGAGCGUUCUGAGAAUUGUUUUCCAAGGCUGCGGGCUUAAUGCAUAUCACGAGGCGUUAAGGCCUGCCGCAUGUGUUAGAGUUGAUACCCAAGCUGAAAUCCACAGAACUAGAUAGGCAGAGACUCGGUUUGGAUACCUAGUUCUUAGGCCACUUAGCACAACUAAUUAAAUAGCAUGCACUUAUCUCAAUCCACUCGUGCCCU